ACGAACUAUACAUACAUAUGAUACACACAGCACUGCUUCACAUCCUGACAGAGGGCCCGGAACACACUGAUUUACUGGUUAAAAUUGGGUCGGAAAUAGACUCUCUCUCGCUCCCUCUCUCUCUCUCUCUCGUACAUAUUUAUAUCUAUUAAAUAAUACUCACAGUUGUAUGAGACACACACACGAACUGGCAUUCAAUCUUUGUCUCUGCGCACAUCUGCUACGCUUAAGCUGGGCCUUUUUAUUUUUUUCUGAUCUCAUUUGUUGACUCAUCAUCUGGCUCUGCUGACAACCCAUCUUUUUUAGGGGAUUAGCCGAGAGUGUGAUUCAGUUUUAACAGUCACCGUUGAUGCCAAAUUUGGAAUUUUGGUGCCUGAGAGAUGGCGCAUGGCAGGGUGAGGGCAAAGGUCCGUCGGAGCAGUCUUUACACAUUUGGUUGUGUUAGGCCGCCUCGUGAUGAAGCCGAGGGUCCACAUCAAAUUCAAGGUCCUGGAUAUUCACGAAUAGUAUAUUGCAACCAGCCUCGUCUCCACCAAAGGAAACCUCUUAAGUACUCGUAUAAUUACAUAUCCACUACAAAAUACAAUGUUAUAACUUUUAUACCUAAAGCAAUCUUUGAGCAAUUCCGGCGCGUUGCCAAUGUAUACUUUCUCCUGGCUGCAAUCUUAUCACUAACACCUGUUACUCCAUUUUUACCGGUUAGCAUGAUUUCUCCUUUGGCUUUUGUGGUUGGACUUAGUAUGGCAAAGGAAGCAAUGGAAGACUGGCGUAGAUUUGUACAAGAUAUGAAGGUUAAUCUGCGGAAAGCCAUCACCCAUAAAGGGAAUGGCGAAUUUUCUUGUAAACCAUGGUUGAAGAUUCAGGUUGGAGAUGUGGUAAAAGUAGAAAAGGAUCAAUUUUUCCCUGCGGAUUUGUUUUUUCUGUCAUCUAGUUAUGAAGAUGGGAUAUGUUACGUAGAGACUAUGAAUUUAGAUGGAGAGACGAACCUGAAGGUUAAAAGAGCUUUAGAGGUGACUCUACCCCUAAAUGACGAUGACUCUUUCAAGAAUUUCACAGGAACAAUUAGAUGUGAAGACCCCAACCCUAACCUUUACACUUUUGUUGGUAAUCUAGAGCUUAACAACCAGGUCUAUCCUCUUGAUCCUAGUCAAAUUCUUCUUCGAGAUUCAAAGCUGCGGAAUACAAGUUAUGUGUAUGGAGUUGUAAUAUUCACCGGCCAUGAUAGCAAAGUCAUGCAAAAUGCUACAAAAUCUCCUUCAAAAAGAAGCAGGAUUGAAAAACAGAUGGACAAGAUUAUUUAUAUCCUCUUCACACUACUAGUUUUUAUCUCAGUAAUUAGUUCAAUAGGUUUUGCUGUUAAGACAAAAGACCAGAUGCCAGACUGGUGGUAUUUGCCUCCAGAUGAUGGUCAUCUUUAUGAUCCUAGUCAUGCUAACCUAUCUGGAUUUUAUCAUCUAAUCACUGCUCUUAUCCUUUAUGGAUACCUAAUUCCCAUCUCGUUGUAUGUUUCUAUUGAGCUUGUGAAGGUCCUUCAAGCAAAAUUCAUUAACAAGGACAUACACAUGUAUGAUGAAGAGACAGGAACUCCUGCUCAAGCACGGACAUCAAAUUUGAAUGAGGAGUUAGGCCAGGUUGAUACAAUUCUCUCUGAUAAAACUGGAACUUUGACAUGCAAUCAGAUGGAUUUUAUCAAGUGUUCCAUAGCUGGGACUGCAUAUGGCUUGUCUGCUAGUGAAGUAGAAGUUGCAGCUGCAAAGCAGAUGGCAAUGGACCUUGAUGGGCAAGAUCCCGAAUUUCCAGGCAAUUUUAGCCGUAGAAAUAGUACAGAAGUAUUAUUAAAGAACAAAAGGCCUAGUUUUGGACCAUCUGAGAUUGAGCUGGAGAAUAUCAGUACGCCAAUGGGUGUAAAGCAUCAGAAACCUGUGAUUAAAGGUUUUAAUUUUGAGGACAACCGCAUCAUGAACGGAAAUUGGUCAAGAGAACCAUUUGCAGAUCUAAUUUUGUUAUUUUUCCGAAUUCUUGCUGUUUGUCACACUGCAAUUCCAGAACUAAAUGAUGAAACUGGUGGUUAUGACUACGAAGCAGAGUCACCAGAUGAAAGAGCUUUUCUUGUGGCAGCAAGAGAAUUUGGUUUUGAAUAUUGUAAACGAAGCCAAACAAGCAUAUAUGUGCGUGAAUGUCAUCCUUCUUCUCGAGAAAUUGUUGAAAGGGAGUUCAAAAUUCUUAAUCUUCUGGAUUUCACUAGCAAAAGGAAGCGAAUGUCUGUGAUUGUUAGGGAUGAGAAUGGAAAGAUUUUUCUGCUGUGUAAAGGCGCAGACAGCAUCAUCUUUGACCGUUUAUCUAAGAGUGGAAGAAUAUUUGAAGAAGCUACCAUGAAGCAUCUGAAUGAAUAUGGGGAAGCUGGGUUACGGACUCUUGCACUUGCUUAUAAGAAGCUAGAAGAAGCCGAGUACACUGCUUGGAGUGAAGAGUUUCUUAAAGCAAAGACUUCUAUUGGCGGUGACAGGGAGCUGAUACUUGAUAAAUUAUCGGACAUGAUGGAAAGAGAUUUAUUUCUUAUUGGUGCAACAGCUGUGGAGGACAAACUUCAGAAAGGGGUGCCUCAGUGUAUUGAUAAACUAGCACAAGCAGGUCUGAAAUUCUGGGUCCUUACUGGUGAUAAGAUGGAAACUGCAAUUAACAUUGGAUAUGCAUGCAGUCUGCUUCGACAGGGCAUGAGACAGAUAUGCAUAUCAGCAAACAUCGACAUUAUGGCCCAAGAUUCUAAAAAGUUGCUUAAGGAGAACAUUUUGAUGCAAAUUACCGUUGCUUCUCAAAUGGUCAAGCUUGAAAAGGACCCUCAUGCUGCGUUUGCCUUAAUCAUUGAUGGCAAAGCGUUAGCUUAUGCCUUGGAAAAUGAUAUGAAGACUCAUUUCUUAAAACUAGCAGUUAAUUGUGCAUCUGUGAUAUGCUGCCGUGUUUCUCCCAAGCAGAAGGCGCUGGUAACAAGAUUAGUAAAAGAAGGUACGGGAAAGAUAACGUUAGCAAUUGGUGAUGGUGCAAAUGAUGUUGGAAUGAUUCAAGAGGCAGAUAUUGGUAUAGGAAUCAGUGGUGUGGAAGGAAUGCAGGCUGUGAUGGCUAGUGACUUUUCCAUUGCACAGUUCCGGUUUCUGGAGAGACUUCUGGUUGUACAUGGGCACUGGUGCUACAAGAGGAUUGCUCAAAUGAUUUGUUAUUUCUUCUACAAGAACAUAGCUUUUGGGCUUACGCUAUUUUACUUCGAGGCAUUCACUGGCUUCUCUGGGCAAUCCGUCUAUGAUGACUGGUAUAUGUUGCUAUUCAAUGUGGUUCUUACUUCAUGGCCUGUCAUUUCACUCGGUGUCUUCGAACAAGAUGUUUCUUCUGAGGUCUGUUUACAGUUUCCAGCAUUGUAUCAGCAAGGACCAAAGAACUUAUUCUUCGACUGGUAUCGGAUAAUUGGGUGGAUGGGAAAUGGUCUGUAUUCCUCCUUGGUUAUUUUCUUUGUUAACAUCAUCAUCUUUUACGACCAAGCUUUCCGCUCAGAGGGCCAAACCGCAGAUAUGGCUGCUGUGGGUACCACUAUGUUUACUUGCAUCAUUUGGGCUGUCAACUGUCAGAUUGCCCUCAUAAUGAGUCACUUCACAUGGAUACAACACUUCCUUGUGUGGGGAAGCGUCGUCACUUGGUAUAUAUUUCUUUUUCUAUAUGGUCUGAUUUCACCGGUUUACUCUGGAAAUGAUUUUAAAAUACUGGAAGAAGCUCUGGGUCCUGCACCACUAUACUGGCUCACCACUCUAUUAGUGCCAGUUGCCUGUAAUCUCCCCUACCUAGCUCAUAUAUCCUUCCAGCGGGCCUUCAAUCCAAUGGAUCACCAUGUAAUUCAAGAAAUCAAGUACUACAAAAAAGACAAAGAGGACCGAUCCAUGUGGAGAAGAGAGCUGUCGAAAGCUAGACAAGAAACCAAGAUAGGGUUCUCAGCAAGAGUAGAUGCAUCAAUCCGACAGUUAAAAUUGAGGUUGCAGAGGAGAUAUUCUUCGUCGACUCCACGUAUUAGCAUGUCUCUCACAUAAUUUUAUUUUUUCUUGGUUCUGUCAAUAUUCAUUGUUGGGAUCAUUGGCAGUUGGUCAAUUUCUUCAGUUGCCCUUGUUCAUUCCUCCAGGUUAAUGUCCUGUAUAGUAGUAGCAUUGCUUGAACUUUGAAGGUGUUCAUCAAGCAAGAUAGAGAAUAGGUUGUGUACAGCUUUUAUCUACAGUAUACAUAGCAGCAUAAUAUAUAGAUCAGUUAUACAUUGAUAUUUUGUUCAA